GGCGGGGCUCUCAGGCCCUGUACUUUCGGUUCCGCCCGCGGGCCGUCGGCUCCGACCCCGGCGCAUUUCCGGCCGCGGUCAGACCGUCUGCCGAGCGCUAGGGCACUUGGCGCCCCUCGACCAUGCCCGCGGGCGUGUCCUGGGCCACCUACCUGAAAAUGUUCGCCGCCAGCCUCCUGGCCAUGUGCGCAGGAGCCGAAGUGGUGCACAGGUACUACCGGCCUGAUCUGUCAAUACCUGAAAUUCCACCAAAGCCUGGAGAACUCAGAACGGAGCUUUUGGGACUGAAAAAGAGACAACAUGAACCUCAAAUUUCUCAGCAAUAGAAGCUUCAAAAUACAACUCUGCCAAGAACUCUGUGAAUAAUAUAUUUAAGUAUUAAAUUCAUAUUUUAAAAUCUAUUGAGUCAAACUGCUAAUCUUUAAACACCUAAUGCAAUGCUGACUGCAAGGGGAGGUGCUCAGGUGUUAACUGAUGCACUGAGAUUUAGUUAUGGGUUGACCAGUGUUUCUUGAGAACUGCCAAAGUAUAUCAUCAGCUUUUUGAAUGUGGUUGAAUAGAUACUUGGUUUUGAAUGUCAUGUGAGAAAGAAUAUCUGCAGUGUUUCCUACCCUUAUAAUUCUGGUUUAUUUCUCUGAAUAAGCCUGACUACCAUGGCAUAAUGGGAAUUUCUAAAUUAACUAUAAUAAAAGUGUCAUUGACAACGAAA